AAACAUGUCACAUAACACAAACCUUAUGAUCGCCGCCUCAGCCACAACCACCACCACCUCCUCGUCUUCCUCUUCUUCCUCCGGCGGCUCGGGGACUAACCAGCUGAGCAGGUACGAGAAUCAGAAGAGAAGAGAUUGGAACACUUUCGGGCAGUAUCUACGCAACCACCGUCCACCACUUUCUCUCUCCCGUUGCAGUGGUGCUCAUGUUCUUGAAUUCCUCAGGUACCUCGACCAAUUCGGCAAGACCAAGGUUCACACACACCUAUGUCCAUUCUUCGGGCACCCAAACCCACCAGCACCAUGUGCCUGUCCACUCCGACAAGCGUGGGGUAGCCUCGACGCACUCAUUGGUCGUCUUAGAGCUGCUUUUGAAGAGAACGGUGGUUCACCAGAGACGAACCCUUUUGGUGCACGAGCCGUUCGACUCUAUCUAAGGGAAGUGCGUGACUCGCAGGCUAAAGCACGUGGGAUCAGCUAUGAGAAGAAGAAGCGGAAGCGACCUCCUCCGCCACUACCACCGGGCCAGCCGGCGAUUUCAAGUAGCCCUAAUUAGCACUAUGUCAUGAGUAAAAUGUUUCAAUGAACUUAUAUAGUAUUUUUCAAUGACGAACAUGCACGAGUUAUUUUAAAGCACAUGCCCUUUUCUUCCUAAUCCUCCUCCUUUAUUUGGCAAGCUAAAGAAUUUUUAUGUUGUAUUGAAUAAAUUUGUAAUUCUUUU